AUGGCUGAUUCCGAGUUGGAAAGUGCACUGGCGAAGGAAGGCUUGGCAGCAGAGGUCAUCAAAGUGGCCACGGAAGGGGGCUGGACAGCCUCGGCGUUCAAACACGUUGUUGAAACUCAGGCAGAAGUUGAGGGAGCCAUCCCCGAGAUCUUCCCAGGUCAGAUUUUGUCUCGGUUGCAGAUAGCCCAGAUCAAAGCAGCGUGGGCGGGCAUGCAAACAUCCAGUUCCUCUAGUGCUCUACCGGCCCCUGUCAACGCAGAUCCUACUUUGGAGACAUGGGUAGAGAGUUUUGCUCCCAAAAUUGCAUCCACGAAGCUGUCCGAUAUGAAGCGCCAAUUCCUUGCAAAUUACCCAAGUGAGGUCUUGAAUCCAUCUACUCUACCCUCUUUGAGGCUGAUUUCCCUCGCAGCUCAUCAAGAGGCACGUUCAGAGUAUAAAUGGAUAGCUUGGAAACAUCGCAUGACGGAAGAGAAAGCUUCGGAGUUGUUAAUUGCCAGACCCCAGAAACAGCCCAAGCUCGAAAUGCUGGGUCUUUCCAGCUUGCUCCUUGAUGAUCCGCCUACAAUCGAAGUGACCGAUGCCAAUAUGGGGAUCAGUGGCAUCCAGCGAAUCUUGGCAGUGCAUGACGUUGCGUUGGCCAUGGUUGGCUCAGCUCACCUUGCCCGCCUUAAAGCCUACAGCUGCAAGUUUGUCCAGCUUGUGUCCCAGCGUUUCGACCCAACAUCAGGCCUGCGUGCACCGACAAUCCUAGAAGCGCAACAGGCAGAUUGUCGGAUUUGGCAGAGCAUCCAUUCUUUAGUCAGUGAGAAAGCUUGGAGCUUGAAUGACGCGUUGCAUGAGUUCACUGAAAUCAGAGGUGAGCUUAGCACCUUGCUGCAGGCUCGUCCGAAAGCCUUGUUCAUCCCCCGCGGCCCCGAUCUCAAAGGCAAGGGGAAGCAGGUCGGCCAAUGGAAAGGCCUCGGCAAGGGCCAGGGCCGGGGCAAGGAAAAGGGCGGUAAGCCCAAGGGCGCUCCAGGGAGACACAUCACCUUCGUGAAAGAGAUCCAAGUGGGAUCUGAGAAGAAAGGGCUGUGUGUCCAGUGGCAGAUUGGCCGCUGCACAAGGGGAGGUGCAAAUCGUGUUGCUGGGUAUGAUAUCCAGCCGGCAGCUCGGCCAGCCGAGCCUGUAAAUGUGCUUCCGAAAUCGGUCUCCUUGUUGGAGACAAAUGCUGGGCCUGUGUCGUCGCCAGCAGUGCAAUGUCCUCAGGGCAACAUCCCUUCACAACCCGUGUUGGGUGAUGUCACGUGCAACAUGCCUGGUCGUUCCAGGAAUGAGGUAACACCCGGGCAGGUGGGUGUUACACAUGUUGCAGAAGAAGGCAUUACUUUCUGCCUCUUGGCCUCCACGCGUGCUUCCUGCCAGGAGCGUUACUUCAGCGGUGAGACUUGGAAUGCCUUAUGUGUCAGCAGGAACAUUUUGACGUCCCCGCACAAGGACACAGCAAAUUUGCCGGGGUCGUCAAAUUUGACAGUGGGGAUAGGUUCGUACUCGGAUGGAGGCCUUUGGGUCGAGGACCAAGCAGGCACUGUACCGCAGUUCAUCCCCAAGCUUGGGGUGACUCUCCCGGGCAAGAUCGUCACAACGCAUCAUGCGCCGUUUAAGUUCCCCGUGCACCUUUGGCACUGCACCCAACCGUGGCUUGGCGAUCGAUGGGUGCUGACUGCCUUUACCCUCCCAGGUGUUGUGGGGUAUUGUGCGGCAUCCCCUUGCUGUUCGGAAUACUCCCGCCUGAAACUCUUUGGAGGUGCUAUGUCCUGGGAAGAAUCGUGCGUUCAAGGCUGGUUGCACUGUGGGUCUACAGCCCUCAUUGUCCUCCCGGCCUGUGCUUUUGGGGAGAACUGGGCAAAAACUUGGCUGUUUGCAUCGAGCUUUCAAGCCCUGUCCGUGAUGGGGCAAACGUCGCCACUCUUGUGGGGAUUGGAGCACCCCAUUGUGCCAGGAUAA